GUUAUUUGCCUGAUUUUGCUACUUGGAAGCACAAUGGCUAGAAGAGAACAUACUUAUGAAGAGCUUAUUAAUGAUAUGAGGAAGCCUGCCCUUGCUGUCUCCAUUAACUCUAUCCUAGCUCAUCUUACUAAGGAAAGACUAGAGCCACUUAUUGGAAAUAGAGCUACCGACAUUGUUAGGGAUGGAGUAGGAUGCGGAUCCGGAGUCUUUGGAGGUCUUGAUCAAGCUUUCACUGUUGUCGAUAUCAUUAGAAGAGACCCUACCGACUGGUUCGGUUAUGUCUUCGCCACAAUCUUCAUUUUCGCUUGGUGGCAACAGAAUGGCCAGUUCGUGACCUACUACUGUGGAAACUUGUGGGAAGAGAUCCAUUAAGUUAAAUUCAGGUAUAGGAUCCUUU